AUGACGAACGGCGAGAAACCAGCAUCCCGGAGUAUCACCCCGGAACCGGUGGGCCUUCCUAUGCCCCCGGAGGGAAUGCCGUUGGAAACCUGGUUGCUGACGCAGCCACAAGAAACUAAGCUGCUGUACUUUCAGCGGCUGGGAAAUGUCUUCGCCCAGGACCAGGCGAAGGAAGCGGAGAGGCUACGGAAGGAGGCCGAAGAAGCCCAGAGGAAGGAGGAUGAGAGGUUGGCGAUCCUGCGGGAGAGGAUUGACAGCCUCAUCGCAAACCCUGAGAGCCGGGGGAUGAUCAGGGAGGCUCUCAAAAGGUUCGACGCAGCGAACCCUCGCCGACCCGGCCAGAUAGAGCAGAUAGCGGCUCUCUCCGCUCAAAUGGCAAGCUUCAUCCCGAUGAUGAAAGCCUUGCAGGCUUCGGGAGGAGCAAGUGGGAGUGGUGAGGCGAGUGGAAGUGGUACGGGCAAGGGGAAGAAGAGAUCCCGUGCGCCGGUCGAGGAGGAGGAGGAGGACGAGGUUGAGGUGACCGGGACGGGUUUCACCUCUCCCGCCAAGCGUCGGUCGAUGCGGGGAGUGAAGAGGGGGGACGUGUUCGAACUCCCGGAGACCCAGCCGGCGUGGAUGACGGCUGAUACCUGGCAGCGAGCGGUGGAUGCCGAGGCCCUCCUCAUAAGGGAGGAUUCCAUCCAGUUGAUGGGUGAUGCCAUGUGCAACUGCUGCACUGGCAAGACCAAGCCCGGGAAGCAGACGACCCCUCUCGGGAAGCAGAUGGACGUGCGGUACAACGUCUGCGUGGUGGUCCCCGACCAGCCGGGACAUUGCGUGAGGUGUAUCUGGAGGUGGAGAGAUGGCGAGUGCUGCUUCACUCAGAAGCCUUUCAGCUCGGGAAAUGCGAAGUCGGUCAAGGAGAAGAAGCCGACCAACCUCGACCUGGCCCGAGCCGCCGCCGCCUCCACCGCCCCCGCCGAGCCCCCGGUCUCGCCCGACUCGACCAGCAGCAACACCGCUGCCAACGCUCCCAACCCCUGGGCAGGGUGGGGGUUCCCCCCUGGGCCUUACGGCUACAACCCGUACGGUUUUGGAGCGGGGAACUUUGGGCGUCCUCCCGGUCCCGGUGCUGGUUAG